CGGGGUCCUGGCAUUCGAUCGCAAGUACCUGGCGACAUCGGAUCUCCUUUACUUCUUAAUCUACUGGAAGAAAGGAACAAGCCAGCAAAGAAGCCAAGAUGCCAGUCGAUCUGAACGGGUACUGGAAAAUGAUUUCCAAUGAAAACUUCGAGGAGUACCUGAAGGCUCUCGAUGUAAAUGUUGCCAUCAGGAAAAUUGCCACCUUGUUGAAGCCUGACAAGGACAUUACCCAUGAUGGGGACCACAUAAUCAUCAAAACCCUGAGCACCUUCAAAAACUACAACAUGGACUUCCAUGUUGGCAAAGAGUUUGAGGAGGACCUGUCUGGAGUGGACGACAGGAAAUGCAUGACCACUAUCACUUGGGAGGGAGACAAGCUGGUGUGUGUGCAGAAGGGAGAGAUUGAAGGAAGAGGCUGGACCCACUGGGUGGAGGGUGAUGAGCUUCAUCUGGAGCUGAGAGCUGCUGGAGUUGUUUCCAAGCAGAUCUUCAAGAAGACCUAAAUUGGUUUUUACCCAACAUGAUGGCACCCCCAGCUGAGAAGGGCUCACAGAGACACAACAGACACAAACCCAUGCCUCUGGUGUACCAUCCAUUCUCUCCAUUCAUCUAUCUCUUGAUCCGUCCAUCUAUCCAUCUUUUAUGGCUUUUUCUCACCACACAUUUUUAUUCCGGCAAGAAUUUUGCCUUAUCCUGCCAAAGUCAAUUCAUCCAUGGAUUAGGGCAGUGUACACAUCAUGUAACAUUGCAGAAGACAAACAAAAAUGUGUUCACAUCUGUCAGUGACUUAUACUGUACAUCUGUCUCAGGGUGGGUGCUCCUUUGAUUAACAUGCUUCACUGUGUUGGACACAUGAAUGCUGAUAGCUGUAGCUCAGUAGGUUUCAGCCAGUUUGUGCAUUAUGACCAGUGGGAAUGUAAUGAUUGCUGCAAAGAGAAAAAGUGAGUCAAAGAUAAAGUUUGGGGUUUUGUUAAAUCCUCUCUUUGUUCUCUGAAUAAUUGCUCUGGAUAGAUACUGAGGAAGGAAAAAAGCAGAAUAUUGGAGUUUGAUUAAGGACUGUGAACUUCUUUGCUUGUGAACUACUGAUGCCUAGUCUCCAGAGUGAACAUUAAAUGAAAUGUGUAUAUAUAUCUUUCCCAUUCCAUUUGGGAUUGUGCCCUUAAUAGGAAAAUUAAUCAAUCAAUAAAUGAAACAGUGCUCAGCAGUUUAA